AACAAGGCCGCGAAUGGGUGACACACAGUCAGCAAAGACAUUUAUAACAACGCCAAAACCCUAGAUUCAACCUCUUGAGCUCUUGGCUUUCUGUGAUUGUUUGGGAGGUGCCCAAUAUCCGCUCCAUUCUUCCUGCAGGCUUCCAUCGAAAUGUCUCUAAUUGCGAACGAAGAUUUUCAACACAUUCUACGUGUUCUGAACACCAAUGUCGACGGUAAGCAAAAGAUCAUGUUUGCUCUGACCUCAAUUAAAGGUAUUGGGAGGCGAUUCGCUAACAUCGUCUGCAAGAAAGCCGACGUCGAUAUGAACAAAAGGGCUGGUGAAUUAUCUGCGCAGGAGCUGGAGAAUCUCAUGGUGAUCGUUGCUAAUCCUAGACAAUUCAAAAUCCCAGAUUGGUUUUUGAACAGGAAGAAGGAUUACAAGGAUGGAAGGUAUUCGCAGGUCGUGUCUAACGCAUUGGAUAUGAAGUUGAGAGAUGAUUUGGAACGAUUGAAGAAGAUUAGGAACCAUCGUGGUCUGAGGCACUACUGGGGUCUCCGUGUUCGUGGUCAGCACACCAAGACUACAGGCCGUAGAGGGAAGACUGUUGGUGUCUCCAAGAAGCGUUGAGCUUCUAUUUUUCUUGAUUUUGAAUUUCUAGAUUACCA